CCCCGUGCGAGCGCGCCGUGCGCCGGCCCCCGGCUCAGCCGCCCGGGAGGCCCAAGCCGCGCGCAAACUUUUGCUCCAGUGCCCAGCGCUCCUCCUCGGCAUGUGAAGCCCCCAGGCGCCCGCGCAGUCACCAGGUUCGCCCCAGGAGCAAGUGCCCCUGGCCGAGAUGCUCCUCCGGGACCUGGUGCUGCGCCGUGGCUGCUGCUGGCCCUCACUGCUGCUGCACUGCGCGCUCCACCCGCUCUGGGGCUUCGUGCAGGUGACGCACGGGGAGCCCCAGAAGUCCUGCUCCAAGGUGACCGACAGCUGUCAGCACAUCUGCCAGUGCCGGCCCCCUCCCCCGCUGCCCCCACCACCCCCGCCCCCACCGCCUCCCAGACUCCUCUCCGCUCCAGCUCCCAACGCUACCUCGUGUCCGGCCGAGGAGAGCUGGUGGUCAGGGCUGGCGAUCGUCAUUGCGGUAUGUUGUGCCUCCCUGGUGUUCCUCACUGUGCUUGUCAUCAUUUGCUACAAAGCCAUAAAAAGGAAACCCCUGAGAAAGGAGGAGAAUGGCACCAGUGUUGCUGAGUAUCCCAUGACCUCCUCGCAGAGCAACAAAGGGGUGGAUGUGAACAGCGCCGUGGUGUGAGUUCUGCAGGCCCUGGACCCCCGGCCAGAGGGGCACCUUCGUGGCACUAGUGGAUGCGGGGAAGCAGGUGGACAGAAGCUGACACCGGGCUUGUCCAGGACUUCAUUGCCUCAGAGGCCUUGAGCCUCCCAAAGGAGAACCAUCCUCUCCCCAGCCUUGCCCCUGGUCAGCCCACGGGCAGGGGUAGCAGACACCAGGCUGGGCCAGGCUCACCUGCAUGCAGCACCCAGGCCCGCAGCACCACCCGAGGCUCCCACCUCUCUUCCUCAGCUCGUCCCUGAUCCACUGACUGUCUCCUGGCUGCUGUCUAAAGCACAUGACCUGGGAAGGCAGGGGGUCUGUCCGCUGGGGGGAGGUCCCUUCACCAAAAGACCAGGGAUCCAGGCGCCACGCCCCCACCAAAACAUCUCCUCCCCUCCCCCAGGAAGCCCACUGCUUCUUCCUUGACCACGCUGUUCCCAGCAGAAGCCAUGGGUGCAGCCGUGAGACGUCCCCUUUCAAAGGUGCUUCCCACCCACCUGUCUGCCACCCCCACCUGCAGUCGCCUCGGUUCAGGGCCUGCCUUCUCCCUCCUGUCCCCACCGACCCCUGGCCCUGACUCCCUGUCACAGAGGGCUGUCCCAGCCCACAGAGUCCCCUCCUGAUGGAGCAAAACGUCUCCCUGAACCCCAGGUCCCAGGAAGGACAGGGGCCACUCCGCUGUCCACAGACUCAUCCCCCCCCCCCGCCCCCACCCCAGAGGAACUGACGCUUCUGCGUGAGCCAGGCCUUGCCUUCCCCUGGCAGAGGCCACCACUUGUGCCAAACCCACUGCAGGCGCUCUGGGCUGGGCCCACCUGGCCUGGUAUUGAUGCUGUCCCCUCUCCCCCUGCUGCUCCCUGAGGUCUGGUGCUCAGACCCUCUUCUGAGAAGCCCCAGGCCCCCAUCAUCCAGGAGGAGGCAGCAUUCUUCCGGUGGCUCCCUUUAAGUGUCCCUUUCCGAGGUCUUAUGCCCUAAAAGUGCUGAGCCCUCCAGAGUGGUUGGGGACAAACGGAAGGAGAGAAGAUGGGAGGAGAGGGACCCCGGGGGCCCCCAUCUGCUGGCCUAUUUCCCAGGCAGCCGCCCACCCAUUGCUAGGCCCAUGGAGGCAGCAGCCUCGCGGGUUUGCAUCUAGAGCACCCCCAGUUCUGGGCUUCCCCCACCACCCAGAGGAUCGCUCAGAAGGAACCAGACACGCGCCCAGUGUGGUUCCACCUUCUGGCUGCACAGGGUCUUAGCUGGUGGAUGUCCCUGCCUCCCAACCACCCGUGUAGCUCUCGGGAGGGUAUUUGAGCCACAGGUGAGGCUUUCACAUCCAGGUGAGACUAACAGACUGAGAAGCAGUCCCCACUUGGGCUGAAUUUGAACCAUCCAUCAUCCAGGGCCCUGGUGCCCACAGGGGUGUCUGUGUGCCCAGAGCAGGGGGAGAAGGUGAGUGGCGUGACCCUAACCCCGACCCCCCCACCCCCACCCCCGUCAGCAAGUGCAGUCUGAGCACAGGCCCAGGGCAGGAGCCCCCCACCCCCCAGGAAAAGGUUUUUCCUUCUUUUCAAUUUUGCUCCUGUGUGAGGACUUGAUUUGGGUCUGGAUUGGAGUUUGCUGUCCCUGUGCCCCUUAGCACAGGGCCAGCCGCAGCCCUCAGCCCUGCUCUCACCUGGUCAGCACGUACAGUGCUCGUGGUUGAUGCCCCCCCCCCACUUCACAAAGAUGCAGGGCCAGCAGCUGAGGGUCCUCAACAGGGGAGGUCCCCCCGGCCCCCCACCGCCAGUGUACUUCCCCCACCACCUGCAGCCUCUUCCUGAGUCCCCUGCCUGUUUCCAGAACAGACACCCAGGCAGGACCCCGGCCCUAAGCAUGUGCCAUCCUGGGCUCAGAAGCAAUGGGAGGGCACCUUUGACCAGAGGGGAAAAUCCUGGCUAAGCGGUCGUGGGGUUCUGGGCAGCCCAGGUGGGGGGACAUCAAGGUGGGCAGGGCACAACCCAGCUUUGCACAAACCCACUGGUCUCACCUUCCCCAACUUGGACUUAAACCUGGGAGGCCCGGACUUUGCAAUUUGCCUAAUCCUCCAGCUGUAGAGAGGAUCCUAUGAGCAAUCCAGUGAACCAUCCAGCCUUCACUCCGGGGCUGGGAGCCCCUGCCCUGGAGACACAGAAGCAGGGCACCAGGAAAAGUUAACGUUUGCUCAUAAAUUCCCCCAGCUUGGGUUUGUCCCGUCUCUCUCCCCCAGUUAGUGUAAACGAAGAGAAGAGCCCAGUUUGUAAAAGCAAGUUCACUUGAGAACAAACCCAGCACCGGCCCUUUGGAAGACAGCUCUCACGGGGGCAGUGAGACGGCCCCACUGGAUUUUCCGCUGAAGCCACAGAAGCAUCCCGAAAAACCGCACCAGCCUGGUAUUCGAGCAUAGAAUUUUAAUUUGAGGAACGUUUCUGCAGCCCCUAAACACAGACCCAUCCUCAGACCAGUCUGAAUUUUGAGGUUGAGAAUGAAAUGCGUGUUCCUUCUCUGCAUUUUCUCAAAAAUAGGUAUUUUUCAGCCAUCUCCUAGUUGAGCCCACCUUUAGAAUGGCAUAUAAGGUCUCCCAGAGUUUUCAGGUGUUCCUUAGAAGCUUCUCAAGCAAGUUUUGGAAGGCAGACUAAUAGCUGUAAAAAUAUAGACAUAUAUAUUAUAUAUAGUUAUAUAUAUUUAAAGAGAUCUAUCUAUAUAUAUAUAUACAUAUAAAAUUACUGUACUCUCUGACUCGGGACAAAGUAUGAUUUAAACAGCCCAGCUAGCGUGAGAUUUCUAAUGCAUGAAUGUAAAUAUCCUGAGACCUGCCUUCCUAGCGCUGUGUCGCGUGUUCACGGGGAGAUAGAUGGCUCUUGUUCCCAGGAGUUCUGUCUCCAUGGACAAAUAAAUGUACAUGUCAGGGCCAUCCUGGCCCCCACCGCGAGCCACCGAUGUUGACUUCGUGCUGAGAUGUCGCGCAGGGAGCAGGGCUGGCGGCGGCGGGGGUAGGCUCCAUGCCCUUGUGAGGAAGAAAGCACCAGGCCUUUUUUAUUUUCAAUAAAAAAUGUACUUAUGCA